UCCGCUCAAAAUGGCGGAAGUGGGAUGAUGUUGAUAGAGCUCGUCCAAAGUCAGCUGUUCUGAAGUUUCCUCAUGRGAUUAUCACAAGUAAUCGUACARUGUAAAAAUKYAGUGUCAUUGUAAUCCUUAGAAGGGAAGACAAGCACAGAAAUGGUCGCUCUUUAAUGUCAAAAUUUACUUCAAAUAUUCUUCGCUGCACUUUGGGUGUGGUGUUUAUGGAAUAACAAUACUUUGGCUAUUUGGUACUUAUUUUAGCUAAUUAUUAUUAGACGUUCUGCGCAAAUGAUGGAUCCCAGAACGGGGUUUUAUUUACUGCUAAAGGACCUGGAAAAUCCGAGUUAUUCAGAAAACGCGACGUGGUGGCAAACAUUUUCGAGCUAUGUUUACACGUCCGAGGAYGAUGUCGUGCAGCARCCGCAUUUAGCUCUCAAAGGCGAACUCCUAAAUACACUUGGACUAGAAGAACAACCUCAGGAUACUAACAGGGUAGCUCURCAUGUUGUCAAACARUCCUAUCUGCGUAUAGAGUGCAACGUAGAUGAUUUGAUGCCCCUUGGACUUGAGGAAAUGAAACUAUUGCUUGCUGUGAACUCCUUCUACGAAAGGUGUCGYAUUAUAGAAGAAGGAAGGAUCAARUACGGUUGCACCUUAGAUGAAGGAGAUGAGGUAGCAGUGAUGAUGAAGGACCUACAAAGGGAGGUGCCUGGUGUGGUGAGAUAUAAGGGACCUGUGUCACCAUUUUACGGGACAAUGUUUGGAGUAGAAAUUAUGGAUGCCAAGUAUAGAAGACAUGGRAACUCUGAUGGUUCUUAUCAGUGUAAAAGGUACUUCAAGUGCMAGCCAGGAAGUGGUCUCUUUGUUUCUCUUGAUAGCUUAUGUACWAAACAAGAAGAGAAAGAAACAUUUGAAAAGAUAGUCAAAGAUGAGGCACUUUUUAAUAAAGAAACUAAACAUGAAGCUAUCCACAAGAAUGCAAAAGUGGAUAUGGAUUGUGAUGACAAAAAACCAAUACCAAACUUGAACAAUGAUAACAAUGCAGCAAAUUCCAACAACAAAGCUGAUCCAAGUCAUGAGGAAAAUGAAAUGAAUUCUAAAAGGGAGGCAGAAAAUGAGAAAAAGGAAGAAUGCAAUACAAGUGGGAAAGAAUUUGAUAAAUCCAAUAUGGACAUGGAAGGGUUAGAACUGAAACCUAUCGUUGAUGAACUUCAGCAACAGCUUUUGAAAGUGUCUAGUGAACUAGAGGAGAAGGAAAAGAAAUGGAAACAAGAUGUUAUAGAAUGGGAAAUGAAAACGGAACGMCAACUGGUCAUUCAAARUGACUUACGUGAGAAAGUCACGCAACUAGAGAAGGUACUGGAGGACGUGACAGCUGCGAAGUGUGACGUGGAAGAAAGACUGAAUGACGAGCAGAAACGAUGGAAAAAGCAAAUGAAAGGUUUUAGUCGAGAGUGGGAGGAAUUUGAAAGGCGUCUUCUYGAAGAAAGAACAUUAAGGACRAACCUAGAAGAAAGACUGAGUCAAGUCCAACGGCAGCUUGAACAGGAGAGAAGCCAGAAGCUUUCAGUUGAGUCGGAACUUGAGAAAGCGCGAAACACUCUAAGYGAACAAGCAAACGACUUUGAAAGGCACCGCCAAUACUUUGAAUACAGAAUCCGGGAACUCGAGAACAAACCACAUGACAGUGUGUCAGAAUYAACGAAUGAGMAUUCAGAAGCUCGUGAUUGGCUAAUCAGACGUGACGAAAUUAAUCUGAGCAGCAAAAAUCUCGGUACUGGAGCAUGGGGACAAGUUGUUGAGGGGAAAUUCCGUGGUUGCCCWGUUGCUGUGAAGACGAUUCAUGAUCUCAUCCUGUCACCRCAUAAUCGGAGGCUGUUCGAGCGGGAAAUGACCAUYGCAUCGCGCUGCCGYCAUCCYUGUUUGCUACAGUUUAUAGGAGCUACAAACGACGAUGGAAACCCUUUAUUUGUAACAGAACUGAUGGACRCCAACCUUAGGUCGGUUCUAGAAAGUCGAUCGCUCACUGAUGAUGAARUACUGACUAUAUCACGUGAUGUAGCAAUGGCUUUGAAUUAUCUCCAUUUGAAUAAACCGCUACCCAUAAUACACAGGGAUAUUAGCAGUGCCAAUGUGUUACUAUGGAAACGCGAUGACCACUGGAGGGCCAAGGUUUCUGAUUAUGGCGCAGCUAAUUUUAUGCGACAAUGCAGGACAAUUAACCCGGGAGCAGUCAUCUACUCUGCGCCUGAAGCAUUAUCCAUUCAUCAGACUCCAAAGAUUGAUGUGUUYAGCUUCGGAUUACUGUURUGUGAGAUGUCAAUUCGGGAACUUCCAGUACCCGAGCAAACUCAACGCCAAGUGGCCAUGGUAGCCAAUCAGCGUUCGAGGGAACUUAUUUUUAAGUGCAUUCRGGAAGACCAUGAAAAGAGGCCCAGCAUGGAAGAAGUACUACAAGAAUUGAAUUCACUCUAACUAAGAAUUUUAAAUAUAAAUAUAUUGAUAAACAACAAAACAUUAAGUAAAUCAUGUGAUACAGAACAAAUGCGWACAGUCACCCGCCGACUUUUAGAUAUUUGUAUUGCAAAGCGGAUAUCAUUUUAUACUCAGUUUUGUCUUUUUAACGAUGUGGUUGUAUUUAUUAGUAUUUCCUACAACACAAUUUUCAUUAUAGCUGAUUUAGACCUGUUGGGAUGAGAACAAAACGUUUCCUGUCGAUUUCAAAUGUUGUUAAAAGUUCUUUUUUUUGUCUUUGCAGAUAGAAUAAAUAAAAAAAUAAGCAGACAAUUUC